UUCUGCCCGAUCGUGUUGAAAGUCCUCCCCCGGUCCAGUGCCCAGCCUGCCCCGCCGACCCUUUCCUUCUUCUUCACCGCGCGACUACCUCUGCCCGUGUUUUCUGUCCCACCCUGAAAUUCUCUUUCCUUCCUCAUCCUUUCCAGUGUGUUUGGCGAUCCAUCCUACACAUACCCCAAGCCGACCUGUUUCUCUUCUUCUCGUCUUCUCUUCUUCUUCGGCCCAGAGAGCUUCGACGGUAAAAGUCGUCGCAAAAAGAAGAUUUCACAUACACCAAUAAUCAAAAUGGGAGGCGACAACAUGGAGGUCGACGCUGCUGAGCAGAAGCUCAAGACCAUGGAGCACUCGGAGCAGCACUACUUCAAGAGCUACGACCACCACGGCAUCCACGAGGAGAUGUUGAAGGAUGAGGUCCGCACCCGCUCCUACAUGAACGCCAUUGUUCAGAACAAGCACCUCUUCAAGGACAAGGUCGUCCUCGAUGUUGGCUGCGGUACCGCCAUUCUGUCUAUGUUCGCCGCUAAGGCUGGCGCAAAGCACGUUAUCGGUGUCGACAUGUCUACCAUCAUCUUCAAGGCCCGCGAGAUCGUUGCCGUCAACGGAUUGUCCGACAAGAUCACCCUGAUUCAGGGCAAGAUGGAGGAGGUCGAGCUCCCCUUCCCCAAGGUCGACAUCAUCAUCUCUGAGUGGAUGGGCUACUUCCUUCUCUACGAGUCCAUGCUGGACACCGUCCUCUACGCCCGUGACCGCUACCUGAACCCCGACGGUCUCAUCUUCCCCGAUAAGGCCACCAUCUUCGUUGCUGGUAUCGAGGAUGGCGACUACAAGGACGAGAAGAUUGGAUUCUGGGACAACGUCUACGGUUUUGACUACAGCCCUCUCAAGGCCACUGCUCUCGCCGAGCCCCUGGUUGACACGGUCGAGAUGAAGGCGGUGGUUACUGAACCCACAGCUGUCCUGACCCUGGACCUCUACAAGUGCCAGGUUGCCGACCUUGCCUUCACCUCCGACUUCCACCUCUCUGCCCGUCGCGAUGACUUCAUCCACGCCCUCGUUGCCUGGUUCGACAUCGACUUCACCGCCGCUCACAAGCCCAUCCGCUUCUCUACCGGCCCCCACACCAAGUACACCCACUGGAAGCAAACUGUCUUCUACCUCAAGGACAUGAUCACCAUGCACACUGGCGAGGAGGUUAAGGGUACCCUGCAGGUCAAGCCCAACGACAGGAACCGCCGUGACCUUGACAUCAAGAUUGACUACAAGUUCUUGACCGAGGACCCCACUCGUGCCGCUGAGGGCCAGUGCGAGUACAAGAUGUGCUAAGCGUCCACGGCUUGAGCACUGAAUUCUUAUUGCCACCAUCUUUUCGGAUAGCUUGCCCCUGGGAUAAGGGGCUCAUCACCAAGCAUCGCAGCGUUUCGUUCAAAAGCCGGAGUGUCCAAGAUGUGGACGUCCUCAUGGCGAGGAACCACUGAGAACACCAGCUUCUGGCCCUGGGUUACGAACCUGCACUGCUCUUUGCGCCCGCCGGUUAUUUUUUGAGAGGAGAUGGUCCUAGCCUGGCUGCGUAACCUGCGCCGGCAAAGGAGGCACGGCGCGGCCUUCUUUCAUGACACAUCACACCCUCUUGGUUUUUUGCCUAUUCUGGUUCUUAAUGACAAAAAGGGUCACCGCCGAUAAAAGUGCGGAUAUGAGGACAGACAGAGAAGGAGGAGAAGAGAUGACAUAGAGUCCCAGAGGCAUUUGCAGUCACAGCGCCUG